UCCUCCUUCCCCCCUCCCCCGUCCCGGUCGCAGCACGUCGGGUCGUGCCCCUCCCGCUCCAUCCUUGUGCUGCAGGAGGAGCGAAACGGGGUCAGGCGUGCAGCGCGGGGGGAGGCUGAUGGCGACGCGUGGGCGCGGGGGGCUGCUCGAUCCUUGCCCCGUGUCUUCAUCCGUGCUUUGGGAACGCGGUUUGGUUUCGCUGUUGUUCGUGGUGUUUGCUCCGGGAGUUCGCGGUUCCGGCCCCCAGCCCUGCUGCGUUUUCGCUUUCAGAGAGCAGGUGCCGGGUUGCCUCGAGGCUUUUGGCGUUAACCGCCUCCAAAAUGCAAAGAGCGUUUGUCGAGGGGAGGCGUCGCGCUGUGGCAGCCGCUCGCGCCCUGAGCUGCCCGGCCUCAGCCGCCCCGCGGUGUUGAACGGACGCGGUUCCCGAACGUCGGCCUCGAGCAGCACGGAGCAGUCAGCGGUCGCACAAACAGAGCGAUGCGGAGGGGAGCUGCGUCCCCGGCUGUGCCACAUCAAGAAGGGCCCCAACGGGUACGGCUUCAACCUGCACAGUGACAAGAGCCGCCCGGGGCAGUACGUGCGUGCCGUGGACCCCGACUCUCCAGCCGAGGCGGCGGGGCUGCGUGCCCAGGACCGCAUCGUUGAGGUGAAUGGGACGCCCAUGGAGGGCAAGCAGCACGCGGACGUGGUGGCGGCCAUCAAGGCGGGUGGCGAUGAGACCAAGCUGCUGGUGGUGGGCGUCCCGGCCGACGAGUUCUUCAAGAAGUGCAGGGUGGUGCCCUCGGAGGCACACCUGGCAGGUCCCUUGCCAGAACCCAUUGCCAAUGGUGACAUAGAGAAGGAAAAUGGUGGAGAGCCACGACUGAACUCGGUGUCAGAGAGGCCCCCCAGCCCCGCGCUGGCCACGUCCCCCGAAGGCAGCGAGACCCACAGUGAGCCCGAUGUGCAGGAAGGGGACAGGCGCAGCUCGGCGCCCAGCUCCCUGCUGGACCUUGACAUCCCGCUGGCCGUGGCCAAGGAGCGGGCGCACCAGAAGCGCACCAGCAAGCGGGCUCCCCAGAUGGACUGGAGCAAGAAAAAUGAACUGUUCAGCAACCUGUGAAACCACCCCGGGGCAGGGACACCGGCUCCCCCCAUCCCCUUCAUCCCCGCCACCCUGACGUGGAGGACGGGGCUCGGGGUCGGUGAGCAUCCCCGCUGAGGAGGCUGGUGGUGCCCUGGGUGCUCCUCCAGCCCUGGCGUGAAGCUUUGUGCACCCAGCUAGGGGCAGAGGUUUGGGGAGGAUCGGUGACUCGGAGUGGCCGGGUUUGCCCAAUGCUUCUCAUCCCCUCAGCCAGCUCUCCUUCUCCCAUCUCAAAGCCCAUCUCUGUUUCAUCCCCUCCCUCGAUGAUCUCCCUUUCUUGAGGCUCUUGGUGACUUUCACCAAGCCCUACACCACAGUAAUUCUUCCGGGGAUUGGCACUCUUGACCUGGCAAUGUCUGUCCACGAUGUCCCCAUCCCUUCGCUCCUGGGCCCCCAGAGCUGCCCUCGGGGGGACUUGGGCAUCCCACAGCCCCUGUCCCAGGGUUGUUUUGGGAGAGGAGAGGUGUCUGGAGCCAGCGCAGCAAGCAAUAAUCACCCCCUGUGCUGCUGCUUGCUCCCGGAGACAGAGCUGAUCAGGGUUUGCAUCCUACACUGUUUAGUUUAAAGGAUUCUCAAUAGACUCUGUCUUCCUUCUCCAAAAUGAGAGGUUGUCCAAUCACACAGUUUAUUUUUUUUAAAAAUGUAUUUUGUGGAAAUUCUUCCUGUGGAUAUUUUGUUUCUGUGUUUUGCAAUCAGGUGUUGUAUUGUCAAGCUGAAGAGAAAUUCUGUUUACUGGAAUAAAUCUUCCUGACUUCACA